UUUACUCUCUUCUUACUAAGAGACACAAUGAUGAACAUAUUCAUACGUUAUGGAGCUGGCAUUCUAGGAAGCACAUUUGCUUUGCUCAUGUAUGGAGCACCUAUGAGUAACUUCCGGAGAGUGAUGAUGAAGAAGACAACAGGAGAUAUGUCAGGGAUACCCUAUGCAAUAGGCCUCUUUAAUUGUCUUAUAUAUACCUUGUAUGGCUCCCCUCUCAUUAGCAAUGGAUGGGAGAACAGUCUUGUAAUGGGUACCAAUGCUUUUGGCCUCCUCCUUCAGUUAUGCUUCUGCACAAUCUAUCUCCACUUUGCUCCAUCUAAAUCCAAGGGAAGAAUGGGUCUGAUGGUGGGAGGAGUAUUGGUGACUUUUGCAAGCACUGCAGUAACUUCCAUGUGGGGAGUAGAAGUAGGCCAUAAGAAAAUGCUUGUGGGGACUACUGGAAUGGUGGCUUCUGUCAUUCUUUAUGGUUCUCCACUUUCAGAUAUUAGAGUGGUGUAUCGUACCAAGAGCGUGGAGUGCAUGUCCUUCUACUUCUCAAUGUUUGCUUUCUUGGGCAGUGUGCUGUGGUUGGUGUAUGGUGCUUUGAGCAGAGAUAUUCUUAUCAUGGUUCCGAAUUUCUUUGGAAUACCGCUUGCUUCGGUUCAGAUGAUAAUAUACUGCACUUAUUGGCGAAAGACUCGAGUGCGAGUUGAAGCUAUGAAACUGAAAGAAUUGAAUGAGCAGUCAGAUAAAAUAGCUCUAGAAACAGUGUCUCUUCCUCCCUCUUUCAUAAGAAAUUUGAGUCUUACCAGGCAAUUUUCUCAAAGAAUUCAUCAAGGAUUCAAUUCAGAUGAUUGCAAAGAUCUGAUUUUAUAAGCCAAUGAUUUUGACAAACACUUUUCAAUCAAAAUUAAAGGUUUUGUUUCAAUAGAUACUUUAUGAUCUUUACUACAUUAAAAUAAUAAAAAGAUGCCAAUCAUUUAUAAUA